GGCACUCCUCACCAUCCGGUGCCUGUUCCUUCCUGGCGCCUCUGAGGACAAUGCCCCCGCUCUCUGCUCCGGCUGCUCUGUCCCCUCUCCCGGCCCCCCUGGCAGCCGCCCCUGGAUCGAUCUUCAGACGCGCGGUCGGCUCGUCACGGCACCGCGGCCGCCGCCGCAGUGGUCUUGGUCAAGGCUGAGUGUUUACCGAGCAGCGGCCGCCGUCGGGUCGACCACGCGCUCCUAGGAAACAGUGGUUUCGUCUCCAGUCCCGGCUUGCCAGCUGAACUUCGGAGCGACGAUGUGGCCUUGAGAGGUCACCAGCUCACCGUGGGUCUGCCGCCGGUCCGUCUGUCGGCCUGUCAGUCUGCCAGUCCAUCCGUCGGCGGUCGGUACAAGCACCCGGCAAUGGCACGGCCAGGAUUACAGACACCGAGGGCUGCCCUACAGUUUCUGCCGUCACUUCUUCUGGUGGUGAUGGUGCUAGCGAUGGCGGCACCAGCGAUGGGAGCACCACGUUCUCUGCCAGACCAGAGCAUCAGGUCUUACAUCAGUCAGAGGGCGUGCUGGUGGAACGAGCUGUGCAAGGAGGAAUUCCAGCCCAUGUUCAAGUGCCGCUGCCCCAAGUUCUCCUACUGCCGAUCGCCGGGGAAGUACUACAACGCCCGCUGCGCCAUGUCGAGCACCGGUUACAUCUGGAUGCAGCCGGAAACGCGCUGGUCGCUGCUCUCCUAGUGCUGCCAUCUGUCCACGCAUCGGCGUGGCUGUAGUUAGGUCCGGGUGUUACGCUGAGAAAAGCAGGUUAUCGAGGCGAAUAGAACAGGGUACAGGUGUUUGUAUCAGAGCGACGUUCGUUUGGAAGAUGUUUUCGUGCUCAUUUCAAUCUCAAUUUACACCACUACAAACUAGGUUUGCAGUUCACAGACCUUGUGGACUUAUUGGAUCAUACCCAAGGCCAAACAUUUUGGGUGAGCUAUCCCAUUUGAGUAUGAGACCCCUUCGCUAUUUCCGGGAUAUCUGAAGCCAUGCCAACGUAGAUUGUGUUUUGCAUUAGCCUGAAGUGCGGUUGUAUGACAUGCAGAGUGUUGUUGUUGCUGUUGAUAGUGCUGUUUAUUCUUGUAUGCAAGUGUUCGCGAACGUGCUAUUGGCGGCAACUUAUUAUGGUGGCCGGAAUAUGUCUGAAUAUGGAUAGCCAUAGCCGGUCGAACCGAACCACACCGGAUAUGCGAAUAAUCUUAGCAUAGCUGACUAUAAGCUACUCUAUAAUCAAAAUCAUACAAAUAGGUUACUUUUCUCGAUGUCACGGAAAAUAUGUUUCUAACUUCUUUAUCCAAGAUUUUCUUACUAAAGCGAACACUACGCUCACCGUUCAUUUUUAUUCGCAUUACUUGAGCUAUUUGUCAAUGCGGUGAAUGACAACUAUCUAGCUGUUUUGUGAGCGUUUGAACAUGUACCUGUUAUUUAAGUUGCUUUAUAUUUAGCUUAGCAAUGAUUAAACAUUCGUUAGUGUUGUUUCAGCAAUUGUUACAGCCAAUAAUAUACAUAUUUAACUGGGAUGAUCUGCCCUCCUGUGUAGCAUUCCUUUGCGGAGCAAUGAUAUGUGUAUUUGUUUGCUUUGUCGGAAGUCUGACUCCUCCAAGCGUGUGAUCUGAACUAAGCUGAACCCUUCAUACGGAGUGAACCCGGAACGUUGGACUCCGUAAGCUAUUGGGUACUUACUUUCCCGUUCCUAGAUGGCGCUAGUAUACAAGCCUGGCGUGGUAGGCUGUGCCGGUGGGCUCGCUGCGCUUGCGCAUAUCGCUCCUAGAUGGCAGUAGUAGCAAACGCCUGGAUGGCUAUGCUGCACCGCAAGGCCUGAGGCGGCGGCCGCCCGUGGCUCGUACGUAACGUUGCGAAGCAGGAAUGACAUCGGACUAAAUGAUGAAUCCAGAUGAUAAACGGUGUAUAAUAACAGCUAUUACCGGAGAGGAUAGGGAGCUUUAUUAGCUAUUACCUACGGUGUGCGGUGACUGUUAUUUAAAACAAUGGGUGCCC